AUGACAUUCUACGUGAUCGAAGGGGGAGUGCCGGGGAUCUACACCGAGAUCGACGAACGACAUCAGGGUGUGAUCCGCAAGUUUGCCACCCUCGGAGCGGCCCAGCUAUUCCUUGACUAUCGUAGCGGGCGUAAGGGCUCGAUUGCCAUCGAGCGUGUUUAUAUCUCCGCCACCAUGUACGGCGAUCCCACCCACUUUGUGCCAUGUUGUGGGUUCAGCGUGUUUUUCGGCACCAACAACCCCAACAAUAUCGCCGCUGCCAUUGACGAGGUGGAUAACGUCGAGCUCCACUUGCCCAGUCCGCUACGAGCCUAUUUGUGGUCGGUGCUAUACUGCUUAAAAGUGAUCCAUGAGCGGUUAGUGUACAAGCGAUACCGGGGCAAAACAGUCGUAUACGUGCUGCUGCCUCUGGUGGUUGAUAUUAUGACAAAUAAGAUAUGGAAGUGGAGCGGGCCCCUGCUGGUGGCGAACGCUGAUCUUACUCGCGAGAUCCAGGCGAUCUCGGCUAACAUCAAUACCCAUUACCUCCGUCUAGGAUGGGGGGAGAUCGAGUUUAAAUACAUUCCGAAAAACCAGGGGCAUCAGGUGGUGGAGAUGGCCGAUCGAAUGGCCCACUCGGGUGCUGCCCGCAUGGGCUUAUAUGAGAUAAGAUACGACUAG